UGUCACGGUCCGGUCACGCCUCUGCUACAAACGUCAUGUAACAGCGUACAGUCACUGGCAUACACUCAAGGUUAUACUGAUGUUAUGCAGCACAUAUGCUGGUACAAUGGGCUCUUAUCGACAUCUGACAAGUAUAUGUUGGUCCGUCGCCAUCUGACAGGAUGCAUAUCGCUGAUUUUGUGUCUGGAUCGUUUGCAGGGGCAUGUGGAGUUGUAGUGGGCUAUCCUCUGGAUACUGUCAAGGUCCGGAUCCAAACCCAGACACAGUUCACUGGGUUAUGGCAGUGUGCAGCGGUGACCUUUUCAAAAGAAGGGGUGCAUGGCUUCUUCAAAGGAAUGUCCUUACCCCUCACCACGAUCUCUAUGACUUCCUCUGUGGUGUUUGGCACAUACAGGAACUGCCUGCACUGUCUGAGCCAGGCGCGAGGAGCUGGUUGUGGUCCCAACACCAAACUAGAAGUCUUUCUGUCUGGCUUGGCGGCAGGUAUAGCUCAGACGUCAGUGAUGUCUCCAGGUGACAUAGUGAAAGUACGUCUGCAGUGUCAGACAGAGUCCAAGCGAGGAGAAACCAACAUGCCCAAACCCAAAUACCGUGGUCCAGUUCACUGUCUGCUGAGCAUUAUCAAAGACGAGGGGUUCAUGGGGCUCUACAGAGGAGCGCUCCCGCUAAUGCUUAGAGACGGGCCGUCAUUCGCCACAUACUUCCUGACUUACACAAUCAUCUGUGAAUUGCUGACAGACAGCGGCAAGAAAAGACCAGGUUGGAGUGGUGUGAUGCUGGCCGGUGGAAUAGGAGGAAUGGUAGGUUGGACUAUAGGAACACCCAUGGACUUCAUCAAAGCCCGUCUGCAGAUGGACGGAGUGCAGCAGACGAAGCGAUACAAGGGUUUCUUUCACUGCAUCUCUGAGAUAGCGAGGGUGGAGGGAGCCGGGGUGUUCUUCAAGAGCUGGGGCAUCAACUGUCUGCGUGCAUUCCCCGUCAACAUGGUGGUGUUUGUUACAUACGAGGUUCUCAACGGUUUCCUCAAAGCCGACCGUGUUGACCCUCCUCGUCUAGGGUUCGAAUAGCAUUGACUAACUCCAUUCUAAAUCCCUCAUAUUAGUUUGCCUGUUUAUGUUUAAUGCUGGUGUUUUACAUACAUGAUGGCAAAGACAUUUGCCAUUUGAAAAUGUCUGUUGCAUUGCAAUAAUUUCAUGGAAUGAUUGUCCACAGCCAUCUUUUGAGCUGUCAGUUAUCUGUGUAACCUUCAGUUAGGUAGGGUAAUGUAUCCUAAUAUGCUCAGGGGGUAAUUUGACAGUAAUAGGCACUGUUGGUACGAUAGAAUGAACCAGCAAACUUCUGACCACUAGAUGGCCUCCCUGGCCAGCUUGUCACCGUUUCUUCUUCUCUUGCGGUAUGUUUAUGACAAGAGAACAGUCUGCAUGACUGGUGAAGUUUUUCAACAGAAGAGCAGCGCACCAAGAAACCUCAACAGGUUUAAGACUGCAACACAAAAUAAGGUAUAAUAGACUGUAUUCAAGAGCAUUUAAGGCCUUGAGUUUAGAAUUUACAAAUAAGCCGCAGCACGCACAACUGACAGUAUGAUACCCGUCCUGUUCCUCGCUGCAUUAAUGCAUAUUAUAUCAACCAUGACUCAUUUCCAGCUCACUAGCUAAAUGGCUAGAUAAUCUAAAUAAAACACAAUGUGCCGAUAUUAUAAACCUUGAUGAACUGGAUUGAUGAGAUUAUUCUAUAAAUGGAAGUAUUAAAAGAAUCAGUAGACCCAGCAUAAUCAGUAAAUGGUUUUAUAUCACUAUUACACACUACAAACGUAAAUGCUGUUAUUGUUGAAAUCCUCAAAGCAAAUUGUCUGUAAUCAGAAGAUAGAGACACCUCAUCAACUUAUUUGUUUUACUCCAUCUUCCUCUCAAACAUGUAGACAGGGGCGGAUCUACCGGGGUGGCAUAGGGUGGCAAAUGCCACCCUAAAAGAAAGCCUUGCCACCCCAGUUGGCAGCAAUGAAUUAAAAGUUAUGGCCAAUUUGACAUUUUACGAGCGCGAAUGUCCAAUGUCCGACUGCAGUCAGUCAAAAACAGUUUGCUUACCCUCUCGCACAUCUGCCACUCAUCACCUGUGUCUUACCUUAAUGCCUUUCCUGUGAUAAAGCCCCUUACAUACUUCUAUCUCCUAUUAAGUGAGAUCACAUUGUAUGGUCACUUAUUCCUGAUAUGAACGGUUUCACAUGAAACCUCAAAUGCAAGACAUUGAUUGCAUGAGAUUAAGUUUGUCUGUAUGAGUUUGUAAAUGGCAGCCUGUGCCCUUUUGUAGUGUGUACAUACUAUUUCUCAUCAAACUGUGAUAACUGUGAUUGAAUUUAGUAUACGUCUGUCAUAUGUCGCCACCCCAUAAAUAUUUUUCUAGAUCCGCCCCUGCAUGUAGAAUUGUUUUUACCCAAAAUACAACUGUCUACUACUGCUACUGACGUGUAGACAUUUUAAGGGCAUAGGUUUGGCAUCAGAGUGGGGGACACAGUGAAAUCAGCGUUCCUUUAACAAGAGGAAAAAUGUAAAUGAUAUUUUGUGUAAUUUAUUUAUAUGAUUAUCAUGAAAAUUCUUAUUGUGCCUUCCAUAAUAAAGGUAUCUAAAUCUCU